GAAUUUUGGGAAUAAUCUGGCAAGAAUGAAAAUUCUACUGAUCGAUUCAGGUAUUCGUCAGGAAAAGUGUAUACAAGCAAGAAAAAUGGCACUGCUGAAAUUGGAAUUGCCUCAUCACGUGUUUUAUAAUAUAAUAGAACAAUUGAAUGAAUUCGCACAUAAUAUAUUUGCCUGGCUUAAUACAUUAAGCCUUACCGUCCAAAAUGUGUUCAAUUUAUCUGAACAGCGACGUUUUGAUAAUUUACAGGAAUUUUAUGAUAAUAUACAGCGUCGCAUUGCAAGGAUUCAACAUUUAUUGAAUGAAAAUGAUUUAACACAUAAUGUUUUUAAUAAUAUUUUUGCAACUGCACGAAGUAUGGGUUUUGCAGCAAAGGUUACAGGUUUUGGACCUAAAUAUGCAUACAUUCUGCUACCACCGAACUUUACAAACGACCAAAUCGAGAGAAUUAAAACACAGUUAAGGGGUCAAAACUUCAUUGUUAUAAAUACUAGCAUCAAUUGUGAUGGAGUAAAACUUGAGAAUUGAUUCUGUUAAAAUUAUCACGAUUAUUAUAUAAAUGUCAAAAUAAUAAAUAACUAAACGUAAAAAAAAGUUAAGAUUAUUAACUUAACUGUGAUAUUUAAGGAAAGUAUGAUGAACAAUAUACAUUUUUGUUCAAUUUAUAUAUUUUAUUACUCAAAGAUCGCGGUCUUUUAAUGGCAGCGUGAAUUAUGAAAUUA